AGCAACAACCUCUCUAGAGCAGCAGAAAACCAACUCGCAUACACGGUUUGCUCCCAGUUCAGAGGAGAAACAUACAUACAACAAAAGAAGAGCAGAAACAAUGAGGCCAGGAGCAGGUUUCAAUGCGACGGCGGCAGCGACGAUAGCCCCUGCGGCUGCAGCCGGUGUCGCGCAUUCGGCGUGGCACUCGCCGGUGCCAUACCUCUUCGGUGGCCUCGCGGCGAUGCUCGGCCUCAUCGCCUUCGCCCUCCUCAUCCUCGCCUGCUCGUACUGGAAGCUGUCCGGCUACCUGGAGGGUGGAGCCGGCCGUGGUGACAACGAUGGUUCCGCCGCCGACGGCGCGAAGCCGGCGCUCUCCAACCUGCCGCCGCCGAUAUGGGAGGAGAAGAUAUUGGUGAUCAUGGCAGGGGACGUGAAGCCGACGUACCUGGCCACACCCAUGUCAAGCAGAGCCUCCUCCUUCGGAGACCGUAGUAGCAAGGGAGAAGAGGAAGAUAAGAAGGUGGAAGAAGUCGCCAUGGCUAGCAUCAAGGACGCUGGUAAUGGUGAGCAUAGCGAGAGCCAGAGAGAACGGGACGACCACCGUAUCCCCGAGGUGUGAGUUUUGUUGCUUCUUCUUCCAUUAGGUCUAGGUUUAAUUUUGACAACCGGCCAGUGAGAUCACUCGGGUGGCUCGAUCCGAACUGUUGGUGGAGCAGUUCGCAGAACAAUUUUGUUUUGGUUUCCUCGAGAAAGCCGAGAGCUUUGGUGCCGCCAGAACAGGAGAAAGUCCACCUACACAGGGAACGUACGUAACCCCGAUCAGAGUCAUAAAUUUUGUGGGGUUGUGUGUAGUUUUUGCAAUGGCGAACGGAUCAGAUCAGCAGAGUUGCUGACAUCGGCCACGGGAAAACAUCAAUCGAGAGACCCUAUAUUUUCGUGGAGAGAGUUAUCUGUAACAUUUUUCCAUAAUGGAAGUGGAAUUACAUCAUGAGAAAUGCAGCUUUUCA